UUUAUUUGCAAAUAAUUGUGUUUACUAAUACUUUUCGGUGCAAAGUGUAUAUACAUUUGUAUACGAACUAUUUAUAAAUUUUAUAAUAAAAUGCUAUUACUAGUGUGUUCUGUGAUACUGUUAAGUAAUUUUGACCAAAGCUGGGCUGUCAGUAAUGAUUAUAGUGAAAUUGAUCCAACAAAAACUCUUUUUUGGGGACCAGGUUUGAAACCUGUGGAAAUCGUAAUGAGGGCUAGAUAUAUUUUUUUGCAAUUGAGAGACAGUGAUGGAAAAAACCUGACAAAAUCUCCUGGAGAGGGAGUAAUUUCAGAACAAAUCGAGGGAAAAACUUCGACAGGUGGUUUCUGCCGAAUUUGGUCGCAAAAGAUUGACUGUAGAGACGGCAGUUUUAUUAUUCGAUACAGACUUUAUAAAACUUGCUUUAAUCUGAGAAUUUCAAUAAAAGUAAAGGAUACUGAAUUAUCUGUUAUACCUCCAGUAUUUAAAGGUCCUGUAAUUGAAGACGAAUGUGAUUGCCCUCAACCUUCAGCAACCACCUGGCUAAAAAGUAACGAAUGUCCACAAAAUUACUCUCAAAUACUUCAAGAUCUAAAUCCCUUUCAAACUGUCAAUUUCGACAAGAUGAGGCCUGAUAUAAUAAAAGAAUACCACAAGCCGAACAGCGUUAGUAUCUGCCAUUACGUCGUAAAAUCAAACAAAAUUUACAGGCGAUGCUAUGGACAACACGUAGGAUUUAAAAUAUUCAUGGACUCCGUUUUACUAUCGCUGGCACGAAAGGUCAUUUUGCCCGACGUGGAAUUUUUUAUGAAUCUGGGGGACUGGCCACUUGUACCAAAAAAGAAAUUGAUCUACCCUAUAUUUUCCUGGUGUGGUUCCGAAGAGACUGCGGAUAUUCUCCUCCCCACUUACGAUAUUGCCGAAUCUUCUUUGGAAAGUAUGGGAAGGGUGAUGCUGGAUAUGUUAUCUGUGCAAGGAAGUACAAAGCUUUCAUGGGAAGAAAAAGAAAACAAAGCUUUCUGGCGGGGUCGAGAUGCUCGAAGAGAACGCCUAGAUUUAAUAGACAUUGCUAGGGACUAUCCGGACUUGAUAAAUGCAUCAAUCACUAACUUUUUCUUCUUCCGAGAUGAAAUCGAGAAAUAUGGACCUGGUCAAACACCGAUUUCAUUUUUCAAUUUUUUUGAGUACAAGUACCAAUUAAAUAUCGAUGGAACAGUGGCGGCCUAUAGGUUUCCAUACUUAUUAGCCGGUGGUUCACUGGUUUUUAAACAAGAUUCUCAAUAUUACGAAUUUUUCUACAAGCAACUGACGCCAGGUGAACACUACAUACCAAUAAAAAGCGAUUUGUCAGAUCUGGUGGAAAAAAUUAAAUGGGCUCAAGAAAAUGAUGAUACUGCGCAUAAAAUUUCCAGGACAGGUCGUCAAUUUGCGAGAGAUAAUUUGAUGCCGAAGGACGUGCUUUGUUAUCAUGUAGCUCUCUUUGAGGAAUGGAGUAAACGCCUAACGAACAAAAUAGAAGUACUUCCGGAAAUGGAGGAAGUUUCUCAACCGAAGUAUUCUUGCGAGUGUAGUAUUAAUUUUAGUAAUUCAGUACGUAAAUCUGAACUUUGAUCUCAAUAUAUUACUAUUAAUGGACUUUAAAGUGAGAUUCAAGCUUUUAAAGCUGUAAUAUACUUUUUAAUAAACUGUAAAGAUCAACUGAAAUAAAAGAAGGAAAACGGU